AUGGCCGCGUCCACCCUGUCCGUCUGCUCCAGUGACCUGAGCUAUGACAGCUGCACCUGCCUGCCCGGGUCCUGUGACUCUUGCACGGACUCCUCCUGGCAGGUGGACGACUGUCCAGAGAGCUGCUGUGAGCCCUCCUGCUGCGCCCCCACCUGCUGUGUCCCCAGCUGCUGCCAGCCCUCCUGCUGCACCCCCACCUGCUGUGUCCCCAGCUGCUGCCAGCCCUCUUGUUGUACACCUGUCUGCUGCACACCUGUUUGCUGCACACCUGUCUGCUGCAAGCCCGCCUGCUGCACACCUGUCUGCUGCAAGCCCGCGUGCUGCACACCUGUCUGCUGCACACCUGUCUGCUGCAAGCCCGUGUGCUGCACACCUGUCUGCUGCAAGCCCGUGUGCUGCACACCUGUCUGCUGCAAGCCCGUGUGCUGCACACCUGUCUGCUGCAAGCCCGUGUGCUGUGUGCCCGUCUGCUCUGGGGCCGCCCCCUGUUCAGCCUCCUCGUGCUGCCAGCCCACCUCCUGCACCUCAUCCUGCUGCAGACCCUCCUCCUGCGUGUCCCUCAUCUGCCGCCCCGUGUGCAGGCCUGCCUGCUGUGUGUCUGCCUCCUCCUGCUGUGGCCCUGCCUCCUCCUGCCAGCCCAGCUGCUGCCGCCCGUCCUCCUGCAUGUCCCUGCUCUGCCGCCCCGUGUGCUCCCGCCCAGCCUGCUGCGUCCCCACCUCGGCCCAGAAGUCCUGCUGCUGA